GCGCACGUGGGAUAGUUUCUCUGACGUUCGAUCAGCUGAUUUAUAGCGUCCGCGGCACAGGCGGCAGUCAUUACCGGAUAAAGUUGGAAAGUUGUGAUUAGUUCGCGUGAAUUCCCCAAAAGUUGUUCGUUGUUUUCAGAGCCGGUCGACAUGAACUCUAAACAAUCGAGACAAAGACCGACGGCCCGGGUCGACACACAGAAAUGGCAUCAGGCGAUAAUGUUGGAGCAGACAAAGUUACUUCAAGCGAAAAGUGAAUUGAAAAAACUGAUCGCUACCGUCAAUGGUCAUUUGAAUGCGUUGAAGGUAGAAGAACUCCAACUCAGAGCAAACUUAGUCAAAACCGAAAUGCAAUCUUCGCAAUCAGAGCUACAGCCUAUACUAUCAGCGACAGCACACGACUUCGACACUAAUGCAGAAAUAAUCAAUCAACAGGAUCUCGACUUAGAUGUUCUUUUAGCGAAUGUGUUUGCUUCAGACGAGGACGAGGAAGACGACUGACUGGCAUUCGCUCUUGGUACUAAAAUCAAAUUUGUAUCUUUAAGGAAUAUUUAAAUAAAACUCGUUUUAUAUAAAACUCAAUAAAGUUUUCUUUCUCA